AUGUCAGAAUAUCGUGGUUAUAGAUAUUUAAUAAAUAUGAAUUCUGUUGAAUUUAGUAUACAAGAGGAUGAUUCAUUAAAUAAUUAUGACUGUGAAAAUGAAUUAUCUGAUGAAAUGAAAUCUUCAAGUAAAACCAACAACAAAAGAAAGCUUAAAAGAUAG